UAUACAAGAGAAGCUGAGAAGAGAGAGAUGGGACUAGGUCAUGAGCUGUGUGCAAGAGUGGAGGGCGGUUUCUUCACAAAUCUGGCCAAGUCAUGGUGUAAAAUGGAGAAAAGCCUAAAUAAUGCGAUCUCAAAGAGCUUUGUAGGGAAAUACUUCAAACUAGAAGCUCGAAAGAGCUGUUUCACCAGAGAACUACGAGCAGGAACGGCCACUUUUCUCACCAUGGCUUAUAUCAUCACCGUCAAUGCUACCAUCCUCUCUGACUCCGGCGGAACUUGCUCUGUUGCUGACUGCACGGCUCCUGCAAACCAAACAGCUAGCCCGGAUUGCAUGUUCAAACCCAAUUCUGGGUACCAAGAUUGUCUUUCGAAGAACAAAAACGACCUUAUUGUAGCCACUGCGUUGUCAGCCAUGAUCGGGUCCAUCGCCAUGGGAGUUCUUGCUAAUCUUCCCUUAGCAUUGGCCCCUGCCAUGGGACCUAAUGCCUACCUUGCCUACAACUUGGUGGGCUUUCAUGGAUCUGGGGCCAUAUCUUACCAAACUGCCUUAGCAGUGGUCCUAGUCGAGGGCUGUGCAUUCUUUGCAAUAUCUGCAAUUGGGCUGCGCGCAAAGCUCGCCAAACUUAUACCUCGCCCAGUUCGGCUUGCUUGUGCUGCAGGAAUUGGGCUUUUCAUUGCGUUUGUAGGCUUACAGGUGCACCAAGGCGUGGGGCUUGUUGGUCCCGAUUCGUCUACAUUGGUGACCAUCACUGCUUGUGCUAGCACAAACCCAGAAACUGGUGAGUGCAUGGGGGGAAAAUUGCAGGGUCCAAAGUUCUGGCUUGGAUUAGUAGGCUUCAUAAUCACAUCUUAUGGGUUAAUGAAAGACAUUAAGGGGGGCAUGAUAUAUGGCAUUGUUUUUGUGACAAUGAUAUCAUGGUUUAGGGGUACCUCAGUGACAAAUUUUCCAAACACCCCACUUGGUGAAAACAACUACAAGUAUUUCAAAAAAGUAGUUGAUUUUCACAUGAUCAAAUCCACAGCCGGGGCUGUUAGCUUUAAUAAUUUCAAUACUAGUGAGGUUUGGGUGGCAUUAGCAACCUUGUUCUAUGUUGAUGUGCUUGCCACCACAGGCACAAUGCACACAAUGGCUGAGAUUGGAGGGUUUGGUAAUGAUGAAGGAGGUUUUGAGGGUGAGUACCUGGCCUACUUGGUUGAUGCGGGCUCCACAGUCGUGGGGUCCACAUUGGGGGUUUCCUCAAUAGCCACUUACGUGGAAUCAUCAGCAGGGAUGAGAGAAGGGGGUCGAACAGGAUUAACGGCUGUGAUCAUUGGUUUGUACUUCUUCAUAUCAUUGUUCUUCAUCCCACUGUUUUCAAGUGUUCCUCCAUGGGCGCUAGGCCCUUCACUAGUUAUGGUUGGGGUGAUGAUGAUGAAGGUGGUAAAUGAAAUAAAUUGGAGUAACAUGAAGGAAGCAAUCCCAGCUUUUGUCACAAUUCUUCUUAUGCCACUAACUUAUUCCAUUUCCAAUGGAAUUAUUGGUGGGAUUGGGCUCUAUAUGGCUCUUAGCCUCUAUGAUUUUGUAAUGGGGUCCAUAAGGUGGCUGAUCAAGAUGAGGAGGAGGGUUAUCCAGGAACAAAAUCAAGUCUCUCAUGCUACUGCUGGUCAUCAUGCAGAUCCAACAUCAAUUCAUGAUCAGAUCACUCAUGUAUGAAAUAUAUAUAUUUAUAUA